AUGAAUCAUUCAGACGGUGCUUAAUCUCCUCCUUAUUUUGGUAUGUAUCCACUACCCUAUUGGCCAACAAGUUCACAAUUUCUCUUAAUGAUGAAUUUUCAAAAUCCAAUGAUGAGUCCAAUUCAUAAUUUAGGUUCUCCAAUUUUAACUUCCCACUUAAAUUUUACCUAGCCAACAAUCAAUUACGAUAUCAAAUAUGAAUAAUGUAACAUCUUUUACUUAAACUUCUUUAGAUUCAUAAAAUAAAGAAAUCACAUAGGUUAAAUAAACCUAAUAAUAUGCAAGCCAAAUUUAAAUCAUUGCUCAGUAAUUAGAUGACAUGAAUUAUGAUGAAAUCACCAUAGAAAAUCUUGAAUAAUUAAUUCAUCUAUUGUUUGUAGAAUAGCCUAAGCUUAAAAAGAUCUUAUAACAACUGAAGGAAAAAAAAUGUCUUAAGGUUGUCAAGAUUCUAGAGACUUUAGCCAAAAAAAUAAGAACAUAAUCUAAAAGUAGAGAAGAAUUAAUCAAAUUUUGUCUUAGAAAAGCUUUUAGAGAGAUUUUUCAUUAAAUCUAAGAAAAAAGCACUAAAACAAGUAAUCAAAUCUUUAAAUAUGUAGAACUUAAUCUAAAGGCUGCUUCCAAAAUAUUUUAGUAAUCCUAUUAAGCUGAAAAGAUGAAAUCUAUAUCAUUACCAUUCAGAAAAAAUAGUAAAAAUAAAACAAUGAAUAAUCAUUUCCUCCAUGAAUUAUUCUAAUCAAAGUAAUUUUAAGAUUAAUAUAAAAUAUUUCUUGGUAUCUAAAUUGUUUCUUAUUUAUUAGAUAAUCUAGAUACAAUUAUAGAGAAUGAUAGAAAUAAAAAAAUUAAAGCAAUAGCUGAAAAAUCAUGGGAAUUUAUCUAAUCUAACAGAAAAGUAAAAAAUAAUUAUUAAUUAUUUAAAGUCGUACACAUUCAAAAGGUUGCCUUGGUCAAUGAAAAAUAUAGAAAAAUUGAAGGAAACAGCUAAUGAUAUGUUAAAUUACUGUGAUGAUUAAAAAUCUAUUUGA